AGAAUUCGGUUUAAAAAAUUUUCUUAUGAUCAUAUAUUAUCUCAAUUAAUGUUACGUGCUUCACUUAAAAUUGGUGAAUUCUUGACUACUGUGGUAGUUGUCAAAAAAUGGCUGAGAAGAGGAAGGGAAAGAAACGAAAGGAGGAGCUCCCGGAAGAUGAACCAGAGAAACCAUCAAAGGAAGAAUAUGCAUUAGCAAAAUGGCUGCGCAAGAAUGUGCCUACGAAGAAAACAAAGUUUUUAAACCACAAUGUAGAAUACUUUACAGCUGUGAAAGCAGUAGACGCAGUGAUGGCUUCACAUUGGGUAUUGGCCAAAGAAGGAGAGGAAGCAUUCUUUUCUUCCAGGAUUGAUGUAGUUGAGUUUCUAGACAGAAUGUUGAGGCAUAAGUUCUUUCACCGAGCCAAGAAGAUCCCAGUAAGUGAACAAGAACUGAAAGCAAAAUUGAAAAAAAAGGACAAAGAUCGUAAGAAAGAUGGUGAUGAUAAGCGUAAAAAGGAUGAUGAAAAAUGUGAGGAUGCUGAAAGUAGUCAUGCUGAAGGAGAAAAAAAGGAUGAAAAGUCUGCUUCUCAGGAGGACAAAGAAAAAAAGAAGAGAAAGAUCCGCCUUGAAAUGCACUUAGACCAGCUCUUUGUUGAUGGAUUGGAUGCAUAUGUUUGGAUCUAUGACCCGAUUCCAGUGUAUUACUGGUUUUUUGGCACAUUGCUAGUGCUUGGUGCUAUUGCUAUCUGCUUAUUUCCUUUGUGGCCACCAUCUGUAAGGAAGGGUGUCUACUACCUUAGUGUUGCAGCAGCUGGAUUUUUAGUUUUUAUCAUAGCACUGGCAGUUUUGAGACUGAUUGUCUUUUGUCUGCUCUGGGCACUUACUCUUGGCAAACAUCAUCUUUGGUUAUUACCAAACCUAACUGAAGAUGUUGGUUUUCUGGCAUCAUUCUGGCCCUUGUAUCAGUAUGAAUAUAAGGGAGGAGAAUCAAAGGGGAAGAAAAAAUCAAAGAAGAAGAAGGACAAGGACUCUGACAAUGAAGAUGAGAAGCAAGAUGAUGAUCCUGAAUCGAAAGAGGAAUCUACAAAAGCAGAUAAUGAGGGAAGGCUUGCAGCAUCAGAUGAUGCAGAAAAAGAAGCUGAAAAUUCUGAAAGUGAGUCAGAAAGUAGCCAGAAAUCUCAAACAGGUAAAGAUUUUGAGAUGGUAGAGAGAGAAGAAGUAGAGUCUUAACAACAGAAUAUUUGUUAAUAAGUUUGCAUAAAAAAUCUGUUGGAAGGCUGAAAUAUCAGCACAGCCUGCAGUAAAGUUACUUUCACAAUUUCUGUCAGUUGUUUUGUAAACUAUAAACAGAAUCAUCUUGUAAGGUAAUUAACUGCUGAAAUAUAGCACAUUCAGAUGUUCUGGAUAUAUUUUGGCCAAGUGGAAAACUUUGUUUAUGGAAUCAUGGAAAGUGUAUUAGUUCAGGAGCUUGCCACUUUUUUGUCACAUUGUUUGCACUUAAACUUUAAAAUAUUGAAAUGCAGUACACAGGAUAACUAUAUUUGAAACAUCUGCAUUUUAUUAAUAAAACAGUUAUUUCAUUACAUGUUGCAUAUAUUUAUUUGCUAGCCACUCAGGACAGAGCUAGUUUCAUUGGCAGUAUUGUUAAUAUGAGUGGUCCUCUUAUAUAAACUUGUUGUUGUAGUAAGCAAUGUUUUAGUUAAUGGAGUUUCUUCUUUCUCAGUGAAAUCAUUAUUUUUAUGUAUUUCCUUGAUGCAAAGCUGCAGAAUCAUAUCUAGAGAAAUGAACACGUAAUUGAAAGUGUUUAUUUAAAACAUGAUCAUCAUGAACACACAAAAAUAUGGGAAUAGGUUGUAUUAUUGUGUACUGAGAUUUCAUGACUGAGGGUGCUGAUUUCUGAAAUUGUUGUGUGUCCUCUCGUGUAAACCUGUGAAAUACAUACGGUGGUGAGAAAGUCUCAUAUUAAACAACUGUUAUUAUUAUUAUUAUUUACUGUACAAGACAAAUGUUUCCUGUAUGAAUAAACAGUGUUAGCUUUUAUCUCACCGUGGGUGCAGGUGUUGGAGAGAGAGAUUCGCUACAUUACUGUAAUAUGAAGAAUAAAAAAAAAUUGGUGGUGACAUAGUGAA